AUGCGCGGCACUUCCGUUCGUGUACGCGCUUUCCAUUCCGCGAAAAUGGCGCUUCGAGCCUCCACUCUCCAUGCCCUCUCUAUCUGUGUCUCCUUUCCACCCUUCCUCAUUUCCCUUCCCGUCGCUCCGUUUUCCCAUCCCUCGGCCCGCGCAUCCCAUACCUCCGCCCGCGCAUCCCAUACGUCCGCCCUCACAUCCCAUCCCUUCGCCCUCACAUCCCAUCCCUCCGCCCACACAUCCCAUCCCUCCGCCCUCACAUCCCAUCCCUCCGCCCUCACAUCCCAUCCCUCCGCCCUCACAUCCCAUCCCUCCGCCCUCACAUCCCAUCCCUCCGCCCUCACAUCCCAUCCCUCCGCCCUCACAUCCCAUCCCUCCGCCCUCACAUCCCAUCCCUCCGCCCUCACAUCCCAUCCCUCCGCCCUCACAUCCCAUCCCUCCGCCCUCACAUCCCAUCCCUCCGCCCUCACAUCCCAUCCCUCCGCCCUCACAUCCCAUCCCUCCGCCCUCACAUCCCAUCCCUCCGCCCUCACAUCCCAUCCCUCCGCCCUCACAUCCCAUCCCUCCGCCCUCACAUCCCAUCCCUCCGCCCUCACAUCCCAGGAAAGAGUGGAAGGGCUGCAUGGCAGAUUUGACCAGGCGUAUGGGCGAGGCGAUGUGGGAGCGUGUGUUGGGGUGCUGCAUCGCAUGGCCGCCAUUCAACGAGUAGCCAAUGAGAUUUACAACCGACUGCAUUCCAUGUAG